AUGUUUGAAUCUUGUUUUCAACUCAUUUUCCUGACACCACAAAAAGCCAAACGAAAUAAGAAAUUGACAUGGCGUUCUAAUUUGCAAGUAAAAAUCAAUUCAAGUGAUACAUGUGAAAGCAUCACUGAUCAGAAGAAUGAUGAAACGUCACGUAGUGAGGAUGGCGAGGAUAAUUAUGAGGGCGAAGUUAGUGAUGAUAGUGAAGGUAGUGAUGAAAGUGAAGGUAGUGAUGAGAGUGAAGGUAGUGAUGAGAGUAAUGAUGAUGAAGGUAGUGAAGAAGGUGAAGGUAGUGAUGAGGGUGAAGGUAGUGUUGAGGGUGAAGGUAGUGAUGAGAGUGAAGGUAGUGAUGAGAGUGAAGGUAGGGAUGACACUUGA